AUGGACUUCCUCGCGUCGCAGUCAUCUUCUGAGUUCUCGUCAGUUGAAUCCGAAUCUGAGGAUCCUCUUGCGCAACUGGCGAAGGAAGUGACGCAACAGCCAUUCACCAACAACAAGCACUUCCACAAGUCCUUGGAAUGCCAUCAACGAGCACUUCAGCAAGAUCAAACUCGGGAUCAGUACCUCGUCUUCACGUCUGUUCCCCCGAAGCAAUUAUCCAAACUGAGUAGUGAAUGGUCGCGAACAAGCAAGUCCAGUCGAUUCUUUACCAACGCAGAAACGCGAAUCUUGAUCGUGAAAUUCAUGCCGGGUCCUGCACACGAACUUGCAAUAAGACGGUUUGAUUUGCUUAUCUCUCUUGAGUUGCGUGCGAUGAACGUCGAUAAUGACAUGAGCUCUUUGGGUUCGACAACAGUUACGGUUGGAAAUUGGACGAAGGAAGCUGACUGCUGCUGGGCUCCGGCUUCGCCAAAUGUAAGGCUGAGUUUUGUGGUGGAAGUAGGAUUGUCAGAGUCUGCGCGAAAACUUGCUCUUGAUGCGCGCGGUUGGCUUGAGACUUACUCCUCACCUGUGAAACUUGUGGUUACGAUCAGCAUUAAUCGCGAUACCCCCGAGAUCAUCUUGCACCGAUGGGAACUUGCUCCUCCCCAAGGAUAUAGAGUCAUUACGAGGUCAGGCUCUAUUCCAGCGCGUCGUACUGCAUUCCUCAAAUUAUCUCGAACGAAUAACACGACGUCUGUUACUGGAGAGUCCGACAGAAAUGGUACAACCACGACUACUACACAGCUGGAUCUACCCUUCGACAAGAUUGUUGGCCGUCCUCCUCACCAGCCCCUAGAGAGAGACUUAAUGAUAACCGAGCACGAGCUGAGAAGGUUUGCCGAGGAUAUCUGGAUCCACCAGAGUUUCCUAUAA